AUGUCGCUCUUCGAAGUGGUAAUCGGCUAUAAUUAUCCAGCUGUCGACGUUAAUCUUCUUCCGGAAGGCGUAGUAGAUAACCUCGUGUUCGUCGUUGCGCUUAUAGCCAGUCUUAUUAAGCUCAAAUCCACGCUCUUAGCUCAGGUUCUGUAUAUAUUCUUCGAGUUUAUCUGUAGGCACCAUCUCAUCGUCCGAGUCGCUCUGCCCUUCUUUAUCACCAUCCACCUCCGCCGAGCCAUCUACCUCCGCCGAGCCAUCUACCUCUACCGAGCCAUCUACCUCCACCGAGCCAUCCACCUCCACCGCCGGCGGCGGCGGCGGCGGCGGCGGCGGCGGCGAGUCGAGGCCAGCGAGAAGGUCCGCUAUCCAUUUAUCAUCCAUUCCGUCAGAGUGCAGUCCUACUCGGCUGCGAUGGAUACAUACUAUGCUCAUGCAUCCGCCUCUACUGCAUCCUCCUCCGCUACUGCACGCCAGCCAUCUCCACCCAACAGCCUAUCCAUCUCUGUGAGUCCACGGAAGAGCUCCAAGGGCUUCAGGGACGGCGCAUCGACGUCGGCCGCCGGCAUUGGGAGUCGUGGUGCAGCUGGUUAUGGUCGAAGCCAGAGCCAGAGCCGGAGACAGAGCCACAGCCUGAGCCCUCCUCGCACGCCGCCGCCGAACCGUUCUCGCAACAAACGAAAGGGCAAACAGCCACUACGUCCGCGCCGGAGCCCUCGCCGCAGCCCAGUAGCACAGCAGCAGCCAGCACGACCUGCUGCCGCAGCCCUCAUCGACGCUGCUGAUGCCCGCCAUUCGCAUGGACUGUCCUGGAACUCAACCACGCGCGAUUCCGUAGUCGAAAACCUGCUGUUCUCGCUGGACAACAUCUCCCGCGGCGACCUGCCUCACGACACCAUGAACGGACCAGAAGACGAGGAACGACACCGCUACCUCUCGUCCUUGGCCACUCAAUUCUCCGUGCCGAAAGACACUCGAGACACUCGAGCUCGGGGCCAUACCUAUUCAUCGUCGACAUCGGAUUUCGACUCGCGGCCACUCAAUGGCCACUCUCCGGCGAAGUCGACACGGUCGUCGACGUCGAAGACACGUCGAAGCAACAGCAGCUCCAACUUUGGCAUUUCGAGCUUGACAGGUCGAGCAAAAGCCAACGGCAAAGCGAAUGGCAUUGGAAGAAACAGCAUCGAUACACAGAGACAUAUCGACAAUGGUAGUCUGUUUGGUGGAAAGCCAAGCAGUGAUGGCGGAAGCACAACUCGUGGCUAUGGAGCUGUGUUUGAGAGCAGCAGACUUGCUUGGGCUGGUCGCUCUAUGAGCUUAGAUCACAUCCCAGGCGAGGCAGACGCACCUUCCGUGCUGGAUCGCGGACGGCCUGUGCCUUCUGUGCAUAGCAAGUACGAUUCCAAUGACGCCGAUGGUGCUGCACCCGAGCCGACCAUCGCCGCGGGACCGCGAAAGAAGCAGAAUCCAUCAGCGACCGGUCCAGUAUAUGUUAAUGCAGCACCUUCUACUAAGAAACAGCCGGCGUCACUGCGAAAGACGACCACUCAGACCGAUUUAAGGUCGCAGGCUUUGCCAAGCCCUACUAUUUCCCAAGAAAUUAGGAACCAGGCGGAAGCGUUCGUGCGUACCAGCACCAUGCGCGGAGGCGCAUCGAUGGUGCCGGUGCCGCCAGCAAUCUCCUCCAAUUCUCUCAACAGCGUUGCUCCCAGUCCUGGCAUAUCGCACAGAAGGAGAGACCCAUCUCCUCCGCGCGAAAAGCCCGGAUUCUUCAAGCGCGUCUUCGGCGGCGCGUCGUCGCGUGUUGUCUCGUCGCCAGCGGAGCAGCGGCCAAGCUCAAACCAAGUGCACCACCACCACGACAGUGAUGAUCGGGCCAGCGCACCUGCCCGAUCAAUCUCGCGUGCUUCUGCGGCAUCGCAUGCAAAGACCGAAUCCAGACAACCAACGUCGACCGGUACUGCCCAGAAUGCCGCGCCCCACACGCUGAACAAGAAGCCAUCAUCGUUCUUUCGAAGACGGAAAAAGUCGACGUCAGAAGCGUUUCAGCCACCACCAUUGCCAAUCCCAUCGACCAUUCCCACCACGCUUAAUGCCAACCUGACCGUGCACAAAGCUGAGCCGAGUCCUUCAAUCAGCAGCUUGCGCAAGGUAAUGGACCCUUUCCUGUCUCAGGAUACACCUCCAAUGCCAAGCAGUGUCACGGGCUUGAAGGAAGGCGCCUCCAGACCCCAUACGCGCGACUCUGCUGCCGAGAACUCUGAAGACCCAGACAUAUUCCAUACUGGCUACACACCGCCUCCAGACGCCUCGCUUGCACCACCACCACCGCCGCCGCCGCCGCCGCCGACGUCUCGGCACCAAGAAGAAAGCCCAAACCUUAAAAUGAAACUCAAAAAGCGAAGACCAGAUGGCCUUGCAACGACAGGCAGCCAGGAUCUAACAUCAACCACUUUCUUGCAACAUCCUGGAACAGCUGCAUCAAACGGGACUGUGCGGGAUCCCGCGCAAGACGGUCCAAAGGUAUCACCUCUGUCCGACGUGACUCCCACUGCAUCGCAUGAAGUCGGGCACAUCUCGCGUCGUCGGCCAAGCACCGGCGAUCGUAUCAUCUCGUCACAAGAAAACAGUCCAAUCGAAGGCUCAAAUCAGGCAAUGCGAGAUUUCAGUGCGGGUACCAAUGUCAGCCUCACUUUGAACGAGGAUGGCUGGUAUGUGAAGCCACACCCAGCUCCCGAGAGGCCACUAUCCAAGAAGUCAGAGCGAUUGCUUUUGCGACCAACAUCUUCAGAGGAGCGACUGGACGGGCCAGAAGAGCUCUCGUCGAUAGAAGGCUCUCAGGCAUCACCAAAGAUAAAAUCGGAAAACUCGGAACAUGCUCCCCAGCCGGAACCGAUUUCCCCGGUGCUGGAAAAGUUCUUACACGAGCCAGAACCAAAGCUUCUUCUACCUACCGUGACAGUGGAUGGCGGCACGCUCUCACGCAAGUCCAGCGAUCCUACUAUCAUCCGAGUGCCUUCGCCGCUCAUAGAUGAGGGUGCUGAAUACAAGGAGCGCGCUCGCAGAAUCUUUGAAGGUGAUGAAGAGGAUGUCCCAAAGUUUGACGCGUGUUCGUGGCUUGGCGAGAGAAACACUCUCAGUACCAAAACGCUGCAUGCUUACAUGAAGUUGUACGACUUCUCCGGCCUGAACGUUCUAGCUGCUCUCCGAAAUUUGUGCUCAAAGCUGGUGCUGAGGGGCGAAACCCAGCAGGUCGACCGCAUCAUCACAGCACUUUCUGCAAGAUGGUGCGAAUGCAAUCCGAGCCAUGGCUUCAAGGCGCAGGAUGUUGUGCACACAAUAUUCUACUCGCUGAUCUUGCUGAACACCGACCAGCAUCUUGCAGACAUCGGCGAGAAGAUGUCGAGAAGUGCAUAUGUCAAGAACACCUUGCCUACAAUCAAGCGUGUUGUGACUGAUGCCGCACCUCACGCAUUUGACGAAUCUUUGAAGCCUACGAUGACCGCACUGCGUCCUACAUUACCCUGGACUGAGCGCAAGGACUCAAAUACUUCUCUGCAAACGUCUCCAAGGGCGCCAACGCCUGAUAUAGAACGUACUGAGUCGACACCAUCCGAGGUAAAUCAGAACUCGGCAAUGAACGCCAGCCUCAAGCGCCUUUCCAUGCGACCCGGAGUAGCACGGAACGACUCCGAGACACCAGAUCCAGCCCUCUCGAGUGUAUCCAAUGCCCUUGUUAACGGCCCGUGGACAGGAUCAUUCAGAGGGUGGGAAGCACAAAUGGAGGACAUCUUGAAGUCAUUCUUCAACUCAAUCCGCUCGGAACCACUUCCGCUACAUGGUGCUGUGAUGGGCGAUAUCAUGAAUGGCCGCAAUCUGUCCGUGGUGGACCUUACGAACGGACUCAAACGAACAGGCUCUGUGGUCAGUAGGGCGCCCUCAGAUAACAUGUCGUACCGGUCGAAAGGCGACUUCCGCUCAAUGACCGCAAGAUGGCAAGGCCGAGCGAACAGAUCGAGGCCAAAGAUUUACCCUGCAAGUACUGUGGGAUCGUCGCGCACCAGCUUCGACGAUGGGAGUGGUUUUUGGUCGCCGGCUAUGAGUAGCAAGUAUUCUUUCAGCAAAACCCUCACAUCUGCAUCGGUCGGCAGCUUCCAGAAUCCAUUCUCACCCAUGGAAUCCUUCAAGCACUCUAUGGGGUUUGCCAACGCCCUUUCGCAGGCCAUCAUCAGAGAAGAGACCAGUGGAGGCGACAGUGAGACUUUCUCUGUGCCCAGAGGUUUGCUCGAAGACGAGACUUUGGCUCUCGAGGGUGCCCCGUGGGCAAAGGAAGGACUUGUCAAGCACAAGCAUCAUCUCGAGACUCCUGAUCGCAAAGCAAAGGACAGGAAUUGGAACGAUUAUUUCGCUGUCAUUAGUAAAGGCAAGCUGACACUCUUCGCUUUCAACACCACCACCAAGACGCAAUCGCUUGGGAGAAAAUCGCACUUCGGCAAAUCUGGCAAGGCAGCAAGCGUGACGUCGACACGAGUUGGCGGUGGCGACUGGAUGGAGAACGCUGAGCAGCUCGAGGUGUUCAUCCUCCGCCAGACCAUUGCCUCAACGCUGCCGCCGCCUGGCUAUAGUAAAGCCAGACCGCACGUAUGGGCCUUGUCGCUACCAUCUGGAGCCGUGCAUCUCUUCCAAGUAGGCACGCCGGAGAUCGCUGAAGAGUACAUGAGCACCGCAAACUACUGGUCUGCUCGACUGAGCAAGGAGCCUCUGGCAGGUGGCGUAUCAAACAUCGAAUAUGGCUGGUCUGAGCAGGUCAUUAACACAGCACUGGUAGAACGAGCAGAUGCAGUCAACACUCCGCCGUCCUCAAUGGCAACCCGAGGUCACGCGCAUAGCAUGUCUACUGACAGGCCCAGCCUUCAGUCCUCACUACGCAACAGCUUCGAUACUGGUUUCGGUAGCGCAAAGACCAGAUUGCCGGGAGACAAAGUCAUCAUUCAUGAAUGGCAACCUCCCAGUCAAUCUAUGAUGGCCAGCCAGUUGAUGGAGGUCGAUCAGCUUAAGCAGCUGACAGCCUACGUCCAGGCUUCGGAAGAAGAGCUCGAAAAGCAUAACGAGCUUAAGCACGCAAUCGAGCUUGCAUUUUCACCACGUCAUCCUAACCACAACAAAGCCAUGACAAAUUGGCAACGCAAGUCGGAUUACUUGCUUCGCGAGAUUGUCAAGUUCAGAACGUACAUUGACAGCCUAUCCGCAGCGCAGAAUGCAAAAGAGGCUUUCUACGCAAAGAAGGCCGACGGGCGGCUGUCACCUGUCGCUAAGGACGAAGAUUAUGAUGUACCAGGAAUUGAGAGAAGUAUAAUGGCCACCAUGGCGCCUCGCGGGAUUCACACUUCAGGCUGAGAUGCGCUCUUGUAAUUGAAAGCGAUUUGGCGAGAUUUGGAGAUGCAUGGGACGUCUCUUGUAACAACAGCUUCGCUCACCUUGAAUUCUUUGAUCAGCGCGGCGUUAAGUGCGCAAACGAGAAGAUGAUCUGUAUACCCGAGACGAUAUGUAACACCAGCUUCGAGCAAACGAAAAAGUUUUCAUAUGGU